AGAGGCGGUAGCGGCCGGAGCGCCCACUGGCUCUCUGCUCUGUAAGCUCAGGUAGACUUGGCGGCAGCGGGGCUGCGUCUGCAGAGGCCAAGCUGGCGGGGCAAGCACCGGCCGGGGAGCAGGCCUCAGGAAGAGGCCCCUUGGAAUUCCCUCAUGGAGGGAUUGGCUGCAAUGUCUGAAUCUUUGGAAAAGAAAGCCUCUUUCUGAAGGGAAAAAGAGUGUUGUGAACUUCUGAGGGCCUGAUCAUUAUUGGUGAACUGUUAGAUGUAAAAGACUUGACUCCAUAAUCUACAUCUGCCCCAAUGCUGUCAUCCGGAGUAGAGACUCAACCAGUUCCCAUUGAUCCCUCCAUGUCUGCCGUGGUACAGGAAUUAUACUCUGAACUCCCAGUAAGUGUCUCCAGAGAGCUUCAUGCAGACCCUGAGCCAAGUGUGAAUCCAGACGUAAAACCUGGAGCCUCUAACUCUCUUAUAAGUCAGAAUAGAACAUUGCCCUUGGAACUUCAAAGAACUUGUGCAAAAAGUUGUCAAGAAAUCUCUGAGACCUUGGAUCAUGGGGGCAGACUUGGUUGGUGUGGUCUGGUAGACCCCAAAGCAAGAAGUUCUAUGGCUUCUGGGAUCUUGGAUAGGGAAGAUAAAACCAAGAGUAUGGAGCUAAAGGUCUUCAGAGAUCAAAGGAACCAAGUGGAAAUUAUGAGAGAACCCUGUGAGGAAGCAAAGGAAGACCUACGUGAACAUUCCACAGCUGCUGAAAAAAACAUCAUCCCAAGUGAGGAGGACCUCCUGAUUCAGAACAACAAAGAACUUCUAUGUGCAGAACUUCCUGAAGAUUUUCUAAGGAGCAAAGAAGGAAAUGUGUGGAUUACAACUGAAACUCCACUGAAAUCCAUUGAAGACGUACAAGGUAUGAAGGUCAAUGGGACUAAGACGGAUAAUAAUGAAGGACACAAGAAUGGCCAUGUGAGUAAAGGUCUCUCAGCUGGGUGCAGCGAAUAUCCAGAAGUAGACAAAAUCAUGACCCAUGGUGAGGUUUCAGAAACCAGAACAUUAGUUUCCUUAGAGCCUUUAACCUUUGUGGACACUGGAUUAACAGAAGCAACUCCUAAAGAAAAAGAAUGUGGAGAAUUAAAAACUUGUCCUUCUUGGUUGUCAUUAUUACCAGGGAGCAGUACCAUUUCCAAAGUGGACAAUGGGAAAGAAGAAUUGUGUAAAUUAAGCCUUGUCUGUGAAGCAGAUGACAAUCACCAACAGAUUCUUGGCCACCAUAAUGAAAACUGCGGUUCUUCAUACGAUAGUUCCACAGCUAUGGGAAAUGUAGAUGCUGUAAAAAUGUUGGAAGAAAAUUAUGAAAUUUCAUAUUUCACACCAAGUUUAUCUGAUCCAGAAUCCAGAACAACAUCCUUAGAAAAAUGUGGUUUUGAAAGUGAUGGUUUGCUGAAGGAAUUUGCUGAAAAGACAGACAGUUCCUAUUUUUAUGAGGACGAUCAAAGCAAGAACUUGGCUUCUAGAGAAGAAAAUGAAGAACAACUUUUGAAUCCCAGGAGUGAAAGAGAGGAACUCUUUCUUAUUAAUUCUAGGCAACCAGAAAAGGAUGCCAGUAAUUAUUGUUCUGGUGAAGAAGAAGCUGUUGAUUCCCCUAAAGAAAAUAUUCACAAUAAUUGUUGCAUUCAAGGCAGAACCCAUACAGACAGCUCUUGUUCUUUAAUGCCCAAGGCUUUUACUGAAACCACAGAAAUAAUGUUUAAAAAAAAUGAUUUGAAAAUCACUUCAGAUAUUCAGGGUAGCUUGACAAACCCUGAGGACCAUAGAGAAACUGUUACUAAUAUCAAGCAACCAGGUGGACACUGUGAAGAAAGCAGUUUUUCUUCCUUGGUGCAGAUUGAAGAGCCAGAACAGACAACCACUAAAGAAUUCAAUUUGUUAAGUGAAAAGAUUUAUAGUAAAGACUCUGACGCCUUAGUCAGCAUCCAGAGAAAUCUGGAAGGUGACACCCAGUUAAAUGAAGCAUCAUGUACUGAUUUGCUGUCCAAAAGAAAAUGUCUUAUGACUUUAAUGCCAAAAGAUGAUACAAGUUCUAUAUGUAAUGAAGUAUCAAAACCCAAGAAAGAUAUUGUUCAAUUACCACCAUCUCUAGGAUUAGAUUAUAGAUCUGAGUCAGAAAAAGUUAUACAGACCUCACAUAACAAUAGUUCAUCUUUAGAUGAACAGAGCAUUGUCCAUGAGAUGAAUAAAUCUUCUGGUACCAACAAAUUGGUUGUAAACAAAGUAGAAAAUGAAUGUGUUUUAAAUCAAGUGUCCCUUAAUUCUCAAGACCAUGUGAAGUUGCCAGCCAACUCCCUACUAAAUGUAAACAGAGAGAUGCCUUUAGCCACAGGCAAAGAUGUCCAACAGAGCCAACAUCCUCCAUUAGAUGAUGGAGGAUGUGUUAUUGCUGAUACUCAAAUCAUUCCCUGUAGAACAAAAAUGAAAGACAUCUCUCCACUAGGUGAAAAAACCUGUGGUGCCUCUUCAAACAGUCCUACCUUAAACAUCAACCAAGGAAGCCUAGAAGGAAAAAAAGAAAUGGCUGACUCAGGAGCAGAAGAUCUACAUCCCAGUUUUCUCCCAAGUACAAAAGAAGCAACUGGCUUUCCUCAAGCAGUUUCUGUUACAGAAUGUCAAAAUGUUCAAUCUCAGGAUAUCCUCAGUUGUCACUGUAUAAGAAACAAUGCAUCAGAAAAGAAUAUGUGUUUUGCUUGUGCUUCUUUUGAACCCAACAAAAUCAUCCUGAAAGUUGAUAACUCUUCUGUAACAAAAAGUGAAGAUGGAUUUCUGCCUAAUGAUCACCACUCCCAAGGAACAGAAGACUCCAUGGAAAAUAGCACCCAUAAAGUGAGUUGUACAAAGGAGAGUGAACUUGAUAGGAGAGAAACUAAUGGCAGCCUACUGGGAGUUAAGAUCAGAAAUGAAAUGACAGCAGGAGUGUCAGAUAGUGGAGCUUCAAACACAACCAGUCACACUAUCAGUCACAUCAAACCCAGUGAGAAAGGACCAGGUGGAAAGAAGACAGAUACACCCAAAGAGACAGUAUUUUAUACAUUUAACAUCUCUGAUUGUGCUACACGAGAACUAAACCAAUCUGCAAACAUUCCAAGCCCUGAAACAUUCUUGGACCAGGCUUCUGCUGUUAUGUUCUCCAGUUUUAAAAACAUGAACCAAGUAAUUGAAACACUUGAUCAGAAGAUAAGUGAAGUCCUUGACUGCCACAGUAACCAAAACAGACCAAAUGAGUACAGAAAUGAAGAUAAAUCAGCUGAGGAGGCACAAGAUAGUAGCCAGAGAGAGACCAACAUAGAGUCUAACAGAGAGGUAAACUACAACAAAAAAGACCCGAAAGCCAGUUCAAACAGUAAUAACCCGCUGUCUUAUGAUAAUCCAAAGGAAGGUGAUUCAGAAGGAGACUUGGGAAAUAUUUCCAGCUCUGCAGAGUUGACAGAAGAUAUCAUAGGCAUGGUCAAUGCUGACUAUAAUAAAAAGCCUAUGGUAGGCAUGGUGGACAUGAAAGCAUCUAGUAUACUUGGUAUUGAUGUAAGGCAAGAGAGACUGGCAUCCCAAAAAACCUCAAGGAAUACCUCCUCUCCCUCGAGAGGAGAAUUGAAUGCCCCAUUCAUAGGAACAAUUGAACAGGACUCAUAUCUUCCAAAUGCUGCUGCUUCUCCAGUGGAAUCUCUUAAAAUAAAAAAAUCAUGUGAGGAGAAGGUUUGCAGAUCUUUAAAAGACUGUGAAAUGGAAGAGUGUCCAGAUUCUUGUGCUCAGGAUAUGGGGUUAGUUACAGAUCAUGAACCAAAUGUAAGAAUACUGGGUAGAGUAAACAUGUCUUUAAAUUACAUUUGUCAUGAACACCAAGGUAAAGGAUUAUCUCUGAGAGAAACACAAGGAAUAACUGAAGGAUCAGAACUAGAAUUAAAUUCUGUAUUAGGCAAGGAAACACUCUUUGAGAUUUCCUCAAGAGACUUGAUGUCUUCUAGGUGCCAUGAAGAGACCUCUGUCUCCCCAGGGAGCAUGAAAUUCUUUGAGAAAAUGUCUUUGUGUCUGUCUUCUCAAGAAAAUUCAAAAACUGAUACUAAGAGUAAUGAAAUUGACCCCAAAAAUCUCUUUAAACCAAAAGAUGGUGAAAUGCUGUGUGAAACUAUAGAAGACUACACAGUCCUGCCUGAGAUGAAGGAAAGAGCUCUGAGGGAUAUGAGUAACCCUAGUGAAAGAGACAGUAUGCAGAUCAAUGUGAAAAAUAAUAUUUGCAAAGAUUGUCACUCUCAGGAGAAUUCCACUGAUAGACUUUUGCCUUUGACAGCAGAAACAGCAAUUAAAGUGAAUAGAGAGGAAAGUGAAGAUCCUCCAAGAGAAACAUUGGGUCACUUAACUGCUGGGGAGGAAUCUGAAGAGAUGAUUACCAUAAAAGGUGAUAAUAGUGGUAAUUUGAGCAAGAGUUCUCAGACCCACUUGAAAUGCCAGGGCAUUCAUGCUGAUGCUGAAAAACAACAAAGCCAGGGGGUUUUGGACUAUAUAUUGCCAAAGGAAGAGAAACAAGUACAUCAAAAAGGACCACAUAUGGUAUUGGAACAAUGCACAUCAUCUAAUAUGUUGUCUGAUGAGGUACAAAAUAAGAAUCAACCUAAGGCUAACAAAGAUGAGUUCACCCUGAUGAAAGAAAUCACCCUGUCAAAGCCAACCAAGGGCAACAUUGCCAGACAGUUUCAGAAGUUGAAAGACACAAAGGAGGAAAGUUUAUGUCAUCCAUUAAAGAAAGACAUUGAGUUGUGCACAGGUCUUUGCCUUCCUGAUGCCCUUCAGAAAGCACAAGACCCCAGGUCUGCUGGGUAUGAUCAAGUACAUGGUGCCUUUGUGAACAUUUCCUGUCAUAAAGGAAUGCUUCCCUUCAAGAAGCAGCCCCAUCGAACAUGUAAGAGAAUUGCCUGUCAGGAGCCAGUCAGCAUGGGGAGGAAAAUAAGUAAAAUCAAAAGUUCUGCCUUUGGAAAGAGUUCCUCUGAUCCCAUCCCCACAAAAGCACACAGACUUCUCAGCUCAUGUGCUGCAUCUGCUUCUGCUCGAUUGGAACCCAAAACAGUACCUACCAAGAGCUUACUUAGCCACAUACCAAAGCAGAGGACUGCUCCAUUCCAUCCCUUGAAGAGCCUGAAUUUUAGGAAGCCUACCAAAGAAUCAGCCUUACUAAACAAGCUGUCCAUCCUUGCCUCCAAACUAGCCCCAGCCAUAAAGACCCAGAAACUCAGAUAUCGGCGAUGUUCCUCUGCACUUCUUCCAGUGGCUAAAAGCUACAAACGCCUCAGAUACAAAAGGCUCCUGGAUGGAUUUUCAUAUAAUGCAAUGCAGCUGAAUCCAUAUUUGGCAGCUAGUGGAUGGGACAAGAGGAUCAACAGUAAGCCCUUGGAACUUUAUUCUCUCGAAGCCAUCAAAAAGAGCUUCAUAGAUUUGAGCAACAAGAUGCCAUCAUUAUUGUUUGGUUCGGAAAUCUUCCCAGUUUCUUUUCAUGUAAAACUAGCCCCUGGUUAUAUGACUGAAUCCUCACGGACUUUUCCUGAGCACUGUGCUCCAGCAAGGCUUGCCUUAGGAGAGGCCCCCCAGUGCCCAUCUCAACCUCCCAAGUGGACCUUUUCUCUUUUCUUGUCCCAUAAUUGCCCUGGGAUGGCCACAUUCAGGGAAGACACUGGCCUCCAUAGUCAGGCACACACUCAGGCUCCUCCACAGACUACAGCUCCUCUUCAAGACUAUGGAGGCACUGCCAUAGUCCAGACCAGAGCAGAUUGCUCUGUCCUUGGCCUUCACACACUUCUUGCACUUUGUUCCCCGGGAUGUUACCGAAUCUGGACAAAAAAACGGAGCUUUUCUAGUCACAUGCCUACCAUGCAGAGGCUCUUCAUGACCCAGUUUACACAGGGCUUGAAAGGGUUAAAGUCUCCAGCCUCUAUAGCAGACAAGAUCUUCUGUUCUCUGCCCUACUCGGUGGGUAGGGUGCUAUCCAUUUGGAGCCAGCAUGGACCUUCCUCCUGCUCCUUCGAAAUCUCUGCUGUCCAUUCCAAGCGGCAAUCAAGUCUGGGCACCACAAGCAGCCACACCGUGUUACCAUAUGUGCCUCUUCCAGGCAUGGAAGUUACAUAUAACACCAGCAGCAGUCAGAUGAGGCUAGAGCCUGUAUUCACUGCCUUGGUACCAAAGUCUUGCUUGGUAACAGAACCAGCUGUCAGCAAGCUCCUGCUUUCAGGCUCUGAGUUCCCAAUUCCUGAGUUUGAUGAGCUGGAUGGUGUGACAGCAGCAUGCCCCCAACCACAGAGCAACCCUCCAGAACAGAAAGAGGCUGAGCCAGAGAAGAGACUAAAGAAAGUCUCGCAGAUUCGCAUUCGGAAAACCAUUCCUAAACCAGAUCCUAAUCUUACCCCAAUGGGCCUUCCUCGACCUAAAAGGUUAAAGAAGAAGGAGUUUAGUUUAGAAGAAAUAUAUACCAACAAGAAUUAUAAGUCACCUCCUGCAAACAGGUGUUUAGAGACCAUCUUUGAGGAACCCAAGGAACGAAAUGGUACACUAAUCUCAGUAAGCCAACAGAAGAGGAAGCGAGUUCUAGAAUUUCAGGAUUUUACAGUCCCACGGAAGAGGAGAGCUCGAGGUAAAGUCAAGUUGGCAGGCAGCUUUACCAGGGCCCAGAAGGCAGCUCUGCAGAGUCAAGAACUGGAUGCUCUUUUGCUACAGAAACUAAUGGAACUAGAGACCUUCUUUGCCAAGGAAGAGGAACAGGAGCAGUCAUCAGACUGUUGAGAUGAAUUCAGAUAGGGGUCUCAAUUUUGUAUGUUUUUGGACCUCCCUGGAAGAGGUCUCCUAAUUUUGCCCUAGGCCCAAACCACUCAAGAUGCCCAGUCCAUGAAUAUUUACCUAUUUCAAGGUGCAGCCUUUUUAGAAACUGGUAAAGGAUGGUCCUCUACUUCUACUGCUGAGUAUAGAACCUCAGGAAUGCUCCUUUCUCCUGGCAAUGGUCCCGAAUGACAUCUGGCCACCUCCUCCCAAUCUCCUGCUGUCCACAGGAGGAAGAAGCCACAUAUCUUAAGCAACACUAGGAUUCCAAGGACUCACAGCAUUUGCACGUCCAAAUGAAAGUUCUGCUUUGUUUACGGUGGUGCUAGACCAAGAUUACUUAGAAACAUGGCCUAGGGAGGGGGACCUGGUGUCCUGCCCUGUGUGGUCUCACUGGCUCAUUUAGAUGGUCAAGAAAAGAUGAGCUAUUGUGUUUUCUAAUCCUUGAGUCUGUCUGUCCAGAACCUGUUGGUGUGAGUGUAUAUGAGUGUGUGUGUGUGUGUGUCUGUGUGUCUGUGUGUUUGUAACCUUUUCCCAUCAUCUUCUCCCCACUGUGACUGUGGGUCACUAGUGCCAGAGGAGCCCGUCCAGGCCCCAAAGUAAGUUGCACUUUUAAUGUUGUGGUGUUGAUUAUUUUAAUUUUCUUUCCUUCUUUCUUUUUGUGAAUUAUUAUUGCUGCAUGUUUGGGGCCUUUAAAUGUGAUUUUUUUUUUUUUUUUAAAGACAUUAAGGAGAAAGACAGUACAUGUCUUAGGAGAAUACAUGUCAGACAUUUGACCCAGUUGAUCAAUACAUGGAGGAAACAUUUUUCCAUUCAUGUGUUUUAAGAAAUCCCUCCCCGUCUCCAUCUUCUAGUGUAGCUCAUUUGAGGGAGCACUUUUUCCUCUGGGUUCUCAUUCCUUCCCACUAAACACUUUUUUUUUUUUUUUUUUUUAAGUGAUAUAAGUAAAUGUAGAUUUAUCUUCCAGUCAUUUAAAAAAUGCUAAAGUCAAAUGUAGUUUUAUCUCAAUUGUUGGUGUGUAACCAAGUUGAGUACAGCAACCAACCCAGAGUGUUUGCAGCUAUCUGGGCAGCCUGCUCCAGGAGUUGGGGAGAGAGUCAGGGUAGUAGUUCAGACCCAGUGAUGCACUCUUGUGGUGAGAUUCUGAAAUUCCAUGGCCACCCCUCUCUGAGGGUACCUGGUCCAACCUACUGGAAAUGCUGUCAAAUGCCAGAAGUAGCUGUGUGUCUGGGUUUGUACCUGCAGGAGUCUGGGCAGCAGGCCCAGAAGUCUCAUUCCUUUCUCAUUGAAUCCCUGUGUGCACUCGCCUCCUUCCCAACCAUUGUUCCCUUAUAGUUUCUUUUCCUUUUUUUUUUUUUUUUUUUUUUUCUUUUUUCUUUCUCUCAUUUAAAAUAAGAGUUCAGAGAGUCAACUUUCCUUGGCUGGUGAAUGAGAUGCUCAGGCCAGCCUCAGGACACAUUGGUCACCUUUCUCCAUUCUCCUAGGAGCCACUGCAAAAAGCAACCACUGAUGGAACUGUCAUAGCUCCAGGGACCUUUCCCAGUUAGAGAUGAGCAAGUGGUGACCUCCUGGAAUGUUGAAUGACUCUCCUCGGAUUUUUUGUUUCCCCAUUUGUUAGUGGAUGGGGACAGGGGUGGGGGUGGGGGUCUCUAUGUGCCUUUCCUUUGCAGGUUAAGUUUGUGCCACGCUGGAGCAGAAAAAUUGACAAGAGCAGGGAAAAAAAAGUGCCACAUCUAUCAUCCAGGCCCACUGCCUCAGACGUAGCAUUUAAACAAGUAAGAUAUAUACCUGAAUAUCCACAGAAGCUUCCAAGAUCAUGGCCCAAUAGGAUUAGAAAAGCACCAGGGUUCCAUACUGCUUCUGAAUUAUGCUGGCCAGAUUAUGCCAUUCUAUAUCCACUUUAUCCAGACCUUGUGGACAUGACCUGUGUUUCAUCUCAGUACCUCUCCCUUCCUUGGACAAAGUUCUUAGACAUUUGGUGCCUCUCUGUCGUUUUGCUAGAGAGAGUACAGUGAGUAUACAAACAUGUCUAGGGAACUCCAUUGCCAACCAUAGCUAAAGCAGUACCAUGGCAGUCAUGUUACCCAACAGAUAAGUUGAGGUGGUACAACUGUAGUAUUACUAACAUGACAGACAUAAAAUUUCAAGUUUGCCCAUUAUAGGCAUGUCACUUGGAAGGUCCUGGAGCAGUGAUAUGAAACAUUGGCCUCUGGGAAUAGAGGACUAGAGGAACCUGGCUUCUUCCUUAUCCUAGAAUAUAGGAGAGAAACUGCUCUGAAGCCAACCCUUGGAAUUCUUGGCCUACCUUUGGUGAGGCCCAUCCCUGCUCCAAAAAAGGGGUCCCCAUUGCAAACUUGAAAUUACUUGAAGUUGAUACAUCAGGUUCUAGCAGAGCUCAGCCACACCUGUCUUAACAUCCAGUUUUGCCAUUUAUCUAGCCAGCCUCAGGGUUGUCAGUGGUCCUUAGAACCUGUGGUCCCUGACCACAAUUGGAGACAUUAGUCAGCUACUGGCAUGCCACCUGCCCAGGGCUAUAGGAGGUCUGUUGUGUGCUGGAAGUUGAUACAAUUUCUGAAUAUGGAGACUUCCCACCCCAAGUAGUGGGAAGCUGCCAUAAUUACAAUUUGUUCAACUAUAACACCCAGAAGUUUUAGUGUUUUCAUGUUUAUGGAAAAAAAAAAAAAAAAGAGGAGAAAUCUCAGGUCCAAUCAGGGUUCUGCCCAUCUCCUUUUCCGUCUUUUGAGUUUCCAGCUCUACUGGCCUCCCCUUACCUCCCCUCUUCUUUUCUACCUUUUUUUCCUCUUAGUCUCCUUUCCAAUUUCAUUUCUCCAUUAGUUUGAACGUACCUCAUACUUUUUAAAGCAGAUUGUCCACUUUUUCUUAACCAACCUUAUUCUUAAGAGCUACAGCAGAGGGAGGUAUAGUGAAAAGACAUGUAGCGUUUGCCUUACUUGGAGCCUGAAGAGCUCAGAAACUCAUGCUGUGAAUCCCAAAACUCAGUGCUCCUCCAAGAGCUGUGAAAAUCAUGACACUUUGUCACAAUUUUGCCUGAAAGGGUCUUUUGCAUGGCACGAGAGCCACCUGAGGUCAAUUUCAGAUUCCAGACUCUGGGCAUCAGCCCCCAGUGGCUCAUCCCCUGCCCACCAGGCUAAGAGUAGCAGCGAGUGUGCAGGACUGUGGCAGCAGGUCCAAGGCUGCAGCGCAGCCUAACGGACAGAGAGCCAUCGCUCCUGUCUCCAAGCUGGAAUUCCAUUUCAUCUUUGUACCAUGUACAUUAAGAUCCAGGAAAGACCAACUUCUGGGCAGUGACACUUUUCUCCCAUUGCCUGGGGAGGGGAGAGAAGUAUGCAGUUGGUGCUUUCUUUAAUACCCUUGUUUUGUUUCUGUAAACUUUUCCCCUGGUAUCAUGGAAAGGACCUCUUAAAUAACCACGUUGUGGGUGACUGUAUCCAAAAUAUAAAUAAUUGGCCAGAGGUAGGGAGUGUCCUUGCCUGGAUUUAUGCCAGGAAAGGACUCUCUGCCUGAACUGAACUUCUAUAUAAAGCUGGCUAGGGGGAGAGACAACUUUGCUAACAUCAGUUUAAUAUUACCAUCUAGCCACAUGUUGAACAGCAGAAACUUUUGAUGGUGAAGUGGGGGUCCCCAUGUAGCCUGCCAUCCAGCACAGCACGCUCAGAUUUGAUGCUUGUUAACUGUCUUCACAAGCCCUUCUUCUUGGUGCUGAAUUGGAUUUUAAUUCUCUGUGAGAGGCUGCAUCUCCUUGAGCCAAGGUCUGGGCCAGUAAGUAGCUGCCUGAAGUGUUUCUAUAUUAUCAUGGUCAACAGUUCAGUGAAAUUUGUACAUUUUUGGUAACAUUGGCAUACAUGAUGUCCCUGCAGUUCCUUUUCUGUUUGGUAGUUUGUGACUCUGAAAUGCCCACUGUUAUGUGUGUUAAUUUAUGAGAAUAAAAUUUUUUUGAAACCUU